CAUGAUUAUUGGAAGAAAAUACAUAUUGAAUAAUAUACCUUGGGUCUCUUUCCCCCGACUUAAAUUCUCCCUUCAAAAACAAAAGUAGUGUAAGAACUCACAUACUGGAGAUAAACCUUAUUAACAUGAUUAAUGAGAUGUUAGAGGGAGGAGAGGAUUUAGUCACAAUCAAUGGUACUCUACAGGGACACAAUAAGAUGUUAGAGGGAGGAGAGGAUUUAGUCACAAUCAAUGGUACUCUACAGGGACACAAUAAGAUGUUAGAGGGAGGAGAGGAUUUAGUCACAAUCAAUGGUACUCUACAGGGACACAAUAAGAUGUUAGAGGGAGGAGAGGAUUUAGUCACAAUCAAUGAUACUCUACAGGGACACAAUAAGAUGUUAGAGGGAGGAGAGGAUUUAGUCACAAGCAAUGGUACUCUACAGGGACACAAUAAGAUGUUAGAGGGAGGAGAGGAUUUAGUCACAAUCAAUGGUACUGUGCAUAGCUGUAUACAGAGACACAACUACACACAGGCUGGUAAAACACUUCAUAAAUGUGAUGUUUGUGCUAGAGUAUUUAGUCAGAGUUAUGACUUAAAGAGACACAUGAGAACACAUACUGGUGAAAACCCUCAUAAAUGUGAUGUUUGUGCGAGAAUAUUUGGUCAAAGUGGUGACUUAAAGAGACACAUGAGAACACAUACUGGUGAAAACCCUCAUAAAUGUGAUGUUUGUGCUAGAAUAUUUAGUCAAAGUGGUGACUUAAAGAGACACAUGAGAACACAUACUGGUGAAAACCCUCAUAAAUGUGAUGUUUGUGCGAGAAUAUUUAGUCAAAGUGGUGACUUAAAGAGACAUAUGAGAACACAUACAAAUGAUACAUGUACUGAUGAAAAACCUCAUAAAUGUGAUGCUUGUGCUAAACAUUUUUCUCUCAGUUGUAACUUAAAGGCACACAUGAGAAUACAUACAGGUGAAAAACCUCUAAAAUGUGAGGUCUGUGCUAGAGAAUUUACUCAUGAUAGUAAAUUAAAGAGACAUAUGAGAAUACAUACUGGAGAUAAACCUCAUCACUGUGAUGUAUGUGGUAAAGGAUUUAGUCGCCUUGAUAGUUUACAGAUUCACAUGAGAAUACAUACAGGUGAUAAACCUUAUGAAUGUGGUGAAUGUGGUAAAGGGUUUAGUCGUAUAAAUAAUUUACGGGAUCACAUGAGAACACAUACAGGUGAUAAACCUUAUAUAUGUGAUUUAUGUUGCAAAGGGUUCAGUCAUUAUAGUAAUUUAAAGAAGCACAUGAGAACACAUACCGGUGAUAAACCUCAUAACUGUGAUGUAUGUGGUAAACAGUUUAGUGAGCUUGGUGAUUUAAGAAGACACACGAGAACACAUACCGGUGAUAAACCUCAUAACUGUGAUGUAUGUGGUAAACAGUUUAGUCAGCUUGGUCAAUUAAGAAGACACAUGAGAACACAUACCGGUGAUAAACCUCAUAACUGUGAUGUAUGUGGUAAACAGUUUAGUGAGCUUGGUGAUUUAAGAAGACACACGAGAACACAUACCGGUGAUAAACCUCAUAACUGUGAUGUAUGUGGUAAACAGUUUAGUGAGCUUGGUGAUUUAAGAAGACACACAAAAACACAUACCGGUGACAAACCUUAUGAAUGUGAUGUAUGUGGUAAAAGGUUCAGUGUACAUUGUAAUUUGAAAAUUCAUAUGAGAACACAUACAGGCGAUAAACCUCAUGGGUGUGAUGUUUGUGGUAAACUGUUUACUCAGCUUGGUACUUUACAAAAACACAUUAGAAUACAUACAGGCGGUACACCUCAUUAAUGAGCCUGUGAUGUAUCAUGUGUAUGUGGUAAAUGAUGUAGUCAAAUUGGUAACUUACAGAGACACAUAAGAACACAUACAAUGUACAGAUGAUAUGCUGCAUGACUGUCGUGUUUGCCGCAAUGUCAGUUAAGCAAUAAACACAGUAAAGGGAUCAAGUCAAGUUUGUAAUUUAAAUAGACUAGUGAAAAUUUAUGUAUAAAUAUAUUUUUUACCUUAUGCAUAUUACAAUGAGGGUACUACUUGUACAAGUAAUUUUUAGUAAAAAAGUAAAUUUUCUUACAAUCCCACAAAAAUUCUCAAGCUUUGAGAUGCAAAAUUAUGCCUUUGAUGAUGAUUUUCCCAGGUUAGCUCAUAAUUUUUGAUUGGAUAUGGAUCAGAAAUAUGGGGAUUCAUUUAAUAACUGUGAUAUUAUCGAAAAGGUUCAUCUAAAAUUUUGAAAGUUGUUUCUGAAUCUGAAAUCUUCUACUCCCAACUGUAUGAUAUAUGGUGAGCUAGGACGUUUCCCACUUGCUAUUGAUGUAAAAUUAAGGAUGAAAUCCUACUGGUCUUAGGGAGCUACUAAUUUU